GACAAACAAAUGACGCUUAUAUGGAAGGGUCAUUUUUUUUAUCAUUCCCUAUCAUACAGUAACAACUGUCCGCCAGUUCGGCAAAUUCCCACGAUUAGGUACGUCUAGGUUACAUGAUCAGUUCCAGCGGUGUGUCGCCUGUUUUCAGACGCCAAGCGUUCUAAAUAAGAAAAAACAGCAAUUCCUAACAAAUUGUCUAAUAAACUAUGGCAAUAGGAGAACUGAACAUAAAGACGAAUAGGCAGCUGUUGCCUGCUACUUAUCUCGCACUUUCCCGCACUCUCUCUCGCUCUCCCUGCGUAUAGACUGUUAACAUGGACGUUCUCCAUCUCGAAGCGAUAUUACGUUGCCAGCAUUUGUGGCUGCUUUGACUAGUGGAGAUCGCAUCGGUAGCGGCAGUGUUCUUAUGAGAUCUACCACUCGGGUUCGCUUUCUCCAGCAGCAAAAGAAGAAGCAUUGAGGAUAUUCACCUAGUCACUAACAAGCCGCCAUACGUAAGCAAGUGUAUUUUUACCCCUCUGAGUCAAAUCAUUAUCGAAUAUUCUGCGUGGCGAAACUAAAGUUCGGGUGUAAUGCCAAACUGUAGUAAAAUGGCUUUUUAGAUAAAGAAAGAAAAAAAAAAUCAGCACAUAGUACGCUAGCGUAGAUUGUCAAUUGAAUCGCCAUUAAAGCGUUAGUCUCGAGACGUGAAAAUCGGCUUCUAACUGUUCUCGGCGACUGUGAAACGAUGGAGUCCGUGCGUGUGCCUAAUGUGAUAUCUAACCUAAGCAAUCGGGCAUAUGGCGCAUCGAUUUGAUGAUGGGUUCUAAGAUCAUUGGACGAGCGGUACUGUGACACUUUUCAGUCAGACAUGGAUAUUACAAAUCGAGACAAUAUUCAGCCACUAAUAGGUUACGAGUGCGCCAACAUGAACUCAUUACAGCACGAUACUGUACAAUCGUCGUUAAUGGGCCAUCUCGAACAGGAGCAAAGUAUUGAACGUCAAUGGAAGCAAAUACGAGAUGUUGAAGAUUUCGCACAUUCUUCGUCUAAUUCCUACAUACGAUAUGGCGCAAACAUCGUUCACCAGGUGCCGUACCACCACGAUCAGGUGUCAACUUCAGUAGUGCUCCGUUUUUGCCGGACGCGAGUCUUGCGUUCCUAUUGUCGGCUUUUAGCUGCGGUUGGAUGGAAGCCACUCCUCGGCGAUGGAACUAUGCGCUACGAUGCUUUGAGGAAGGUUAUCAAUAUGGUGUAUGUCCUUGCAGUGAUCGGCCUUAUCUUAGGUGGCCACAUAAUUACUAUCAAGACCUACUACCGAAGGGAUGCUAUGAGGAAUACCCGUUGCCGCGAAUUCCAGCUUUCUACCGUCCGUAAUGGGGAGCCGGAACGCUGUUCGCUUUACCUCUUCUCCGUUUUUAUCCUGCCAGCUACUGUACACUUCAUCGCAUUUAUGAUUAUGCUAGUGCAAAUGCGGAGCCAGGAUAGCGAAGAGAUCACUGCACUGGUCGAACGGGUAUUCCUCCAAACGACAUCAGUAUGGCAGAUCGCUCGCCGAAAAAUCCAAAAGCGUCUUAAAGCCGUUUACCUGCUCGGACUUCUAUGGAUCUUCUUGGCAUUGGCAGCAAAUAUUAUCAACAUAUUGUAUCGCCUGAAAAACAACCAGAUCAACUGCACUCGAAAUGACAAAUUGGUUCUGACCUUGCUUGUAAUUGGUCUUCUCGCGCACGACGUAGCGUCAAUGUGCAUGGCGGUAGCAUACACCAUCCAUUGUCAGCUUGCGAUAGUUUUCGUACAAAACCUUCAAAUGUUGGUGCGGGAUGGUAAGAUCUCUCUACUUGCCUUUUACAAAGGCACCUGCGAAGCAACGUGCACCAUUCGACAAGUGAAUGGACUGCAAUCAACAGCUGUUUUUCUUCAAACUGUGUGGUUACUCAUCAGUACACUGGCAUCAAUAGUGGGUUUUGUGCAAUCGAUUGAUUCAGAGGACUACCUUCGUCUGAGUGUGGCUAUCAUCUCGGUGCUUGUGUGGGGCUCGCUGCUUGUGGUGCCUCUUGGCCAGGCCGCAAGGUUGAGCGAGGUUUGCAACGGAAUUAGAGAUCUUGGCAGGGAACUCCGAUCUCGACCACUCGUUUACCAGGACACGUCCUUGCAGGAACUCGAUUCGCUAGUCCUGUUCACAGCCAGCUUCAAUCUGACGGCUGAACUCUGCUCGGUUCGCAUAACAAAGGAAAGGCUCACACUGUGCUGUCUCGUCGUUGCCGUAAUAAUCUACGGGUCGGCGCACUUUGACCUAUUGCACUUCUGAAGGCCAUUAUUUAUAUGAAAUAAUAUCAUCCAUUUAUCAGAUAAUGCAGACGUAAUAAAAGAGGAGAUACAAACAUUUUAUCGCGAA